AUGGAAAUUAUAGAUGUGGAAGACAAUAUUGGAAGUGUCGGAAGAACCGAUUGGAGAGCCCAAAUCCAUAAAUAUCUACAAGAUGGAGAGACACCGCAGGACGGAUUAGGGGAACUUAAACUCAAAAGUGGAUCUACAAACUAUGAACUGCGCGAUGGGGUAUUAUACAUAAGAUCUUUCCAAAGGUCGCUUUUAAGAUGUCUGUCAUCUGAGGAGGGCAUUGAAAAUACGAAAGAUAUACACUAUAGAGACGCUGGUAAUCACAGCGGAACAAGAUCUUUGGCACUCAAAGCUAGAGAACAUGGUUACUAUCGGCCAUAUAUGCACGAAGAUGCAAAGGAUAUUGCAACUAAGUGUGAAGAGUGCCAAAGGUAUCAGAAGUGUAUUCAUGCACCAGGAAGGCCCUUAAAUUCCGUGUGA